UAUUGUUCGACGGAAAAUCCGGCAUGCUCGGCCUGCAGGCGUAGCACGACGCAGCUAUUCUCCAACGCACGGACCCUGUAGGCGCGAGGUCUGACUUGUCGGAGCAUCCAGCGUCUCGCGGCGACAGCAAACACUUGACAACGCGCCUUUGGCAGUGUCGCAGCUGAGAGAUUGCUGCGGCUAGGUCAGCAAGGGCAACAAGGGCGAACACGGGCGAGUCUGGAUUGAGCAGCGCAUAGAUCAUGUACGCUAGAAACGCAUAAGCAGCUCUGUCGCCAAGUUCACGACUGUCAAGACGCAAUGUUAGGCACAGCGGUCGGGCCUUUGCUGAGGCUAUUAGAGACCUACUUGCUCCUCGAGAUACUCAAAAUACCUAUAGAUCCGUCAGCAGUUGCCAACAAGACUGCUCUCAUACCGUCCAGAGUGGCUGCUCUCGCGCACAGUGGCGGAUUGGACAAUGCACCAAGCCGAGGACUCGCAAGCCUGUUGCGGCCAAUGUCCUCAAACCUGCCAGGCUACGUGAAGCGGGCAGAACAGGCCACUCUCGCAAAAGGUCUCAUCAAGAGAGCCAACAUCAAUGUGCCGGUCGAGUCGCAAUGGCGCUACGCUGCGUCGCUCAACUCUUCAUUGCCGACAAGCAAGGCGUGGGCAACCCUGACAUUGCUUAUCGCGCUUCAAUACCUCGUCAGAUGGUCCAUCGUCACUUUACUCGCUCUUAUCAGGCCAACGGCGAGCUCAGUGACAGCAGUGCCCCUCUUAAGCUCGCGAAGUACGCAAGGGAGCACCCCGGGCCUGCAGACUGCUUCACCCUCAAGACCGCACUCGCCAUGGCAAGAGAGCUCACCUAGGAUCAGCGAAACGCUCUUGCCAUCACAUACCCGCCAUGCUCAGUCAUCAUCAAGUCAAGCCACCAAACGCAGCGCGCCUUGUCAGAUACCCCUAAGACCGCUGCGCAGUCUCUGGCUCAGCUGCAUGCGAGCCCUCCCUCCUCCUGUCCGCAAAGCGCUGGCUUCCUUCUGCUCGAGGCCAGCACUCGAGAUUAUGGGCACAUUGGCGCGUGAUGGCGCGCUGCUCACCCGCGGGCUGUCCUUGCUCGCAAUCGGUACUACCGACGCAUGGAUUGCUCCCUUGCUUGCCAUCAUGCUACCAAACUUGCUCGAUGCGCCGCUCUCGAGCCCUACGAGACGACAGGCAGUUGGACACUCGGUACUUUACAUGCUCUCCCUUGGCUUCCUUGCCGGCUUCGGGACAGAGCAGGCUACGACAAGCUUACUCUGGGCCAUCGUUGUCAGAGUUGGCGGCUUGUCACUCCAUACAAGCAGUCAGCUACCCGAGCAUCCCUUCUCCACACCACCGUCAAUUGAUCUCAGCCCUCGAGGCAGGCUAAAGGAAGCCAUCCUCAAUCCGCAUGCGGCUUCGGCAGCAAUCUCGUUCGCCAUAGCCAUGUGCUGCAAAUUCGCAGCAUCUGUCGAUCCUAGCGCUGAAAAAGCGUAUGCAAGCCCUGCCACAAAAUGGCAUGUCGUCCUUGCCUACAUUAUCGUCUGUCAACUGCACAACCUUGACAGCUUCUGGGAGCCAUUCUGUCUUCGGCUGGGAUCACUGUCGAGCUGGCAAGAAUGGACAAAGCGACGUUUCGAAUCCCUUCGUGUCAGCCUCACCGUCUCGGGAGUAGCCCUGGUUCUGGCCUACAAGGCACUCGCACCAGUCUCGCCGAGCAUGGGUCUACCGGAAGUCCUCGGCAUUAUCGGUCUACUCCUUGCGUCGGCUUUUGAGCAUGGCUCGCUUCGCCAGGCAUUGGCGCAUACAUGGCCAGUCUCGCCACCGGAGACGCCGCACGAGCGCCCGCCAAUGAUCUCGGUCAAUCUAGAUCCGCCCGUCAGGCCGUCCCUGCGGCCGAGGCAGAGUAACCAUACAAAGCUUGACGAUGGCGAGAACGAGAAGGCGGGUGUCGAUGAAGAUAGACUCAGUCAAGCUUCGGGCUCGAGUACAGACGAAGACACACGUGCUCAAGGACUGGCUAACCUGGACGUAACGACCCUGGGCUUCAUUGUGCUUUUCAGCUCGAUCUGGCUGGCUUUCCUCCUUUGCGACCCGUAUCAAGGCAUUGCUAGAACGGCCAGAUUGCCUCCUACCCUCGACUCUCCACCGCCAUGGAAGUCAAUCUUCUCUGAAUUCUGCUCGGUCUCCAAUGCGGUAGAGUCAGAGAUCUCGCGAUACAACGCUGGCAAUUGGACACCUAGCCAGCAGGACGACGCUGCGAUGGCGCUGUAUGAUCAAGAGCUCGUUGCUUCUGUGCACGACAAAGACCUCAAGGUGCAAAAGGUUGCUUACAAUGAGACAACCUUCAUCGAGUACUUGGAUUAUCACUUCCCAAAGAGCACGCAACAUCUCUGGAUCACGCUCGCCGAUGACCAAUUCUCAAGGACUGCAACGCGUCAUCUGCAACGUUUUGUGCAGCUCCAGAACGUCAAGGCUGCUACGGAGGCAAGGGAAAGGAUGCAGGAUCCACCGAGCACGCCGCCGAGAACAGCGACUACAGCAGACAGUGCGACGGAUGCAAUUAGCCUGUCAGCAUCCACUGCGCCCAACGUCCUCGUCGAGCGUCAUCUGGUCGUACUGUGCGUUGACGAGGGCUGCCUACGUACGUGCAGACAGCAAGGAUGGUACUGUUAUGGAGGAUAUGAGGCGACCCGAUCGCGCGAAUGGAUGCGUGCAACCUGGCCCAAAGUCGCCGGCUUGCACGACAUUCUGCAAUCUGGCCGCAGCGUAUUCUUCGUGGAUUCCGAUGUCUUCUUCAGAGGCGAACCUCUGUACCGGAUGGCUCCGCUCGACUCGUCAGACGUGCAAUAUCAGGAAGAGAUGGUCGGAGACAAAAUCAACACUGGCUGGUCCUAUUCUCGCCCUACAGAAGCGGUGAUCAAGCUGUACGAGCGACUCAUGUACAUGAAUCACGAGAAAGUCUCUCGAGAUCAAGUCAAUACCAACGAGAUUCUUGCCACCGAAGAAAUACGCUUGGAGGCCGGCGGCUGGCGAAAUCUCCACGACUUUGUCAGUCCGACGGGUAUCAAGGUGCACGUGAUGAACCCAGAAUAUUUCAGAGUCUAUCACUCCGAAUUCGAUGACCAGUGGCAGACAGUGUCUGAUCAGCACGCAGUUGCGCUUCACAUGACUUGCUGCGACAACGCUUUUCUGAAGCAAUACAUCGCUGCGCACUAUGGCUACCUCCAGAACCUCGAUGGCUACUAUUCGCGUCCGCCGCUCAUGAUCACGGCCGAUGUGAUCGCCGGCGAUUACAGACAACUCAACGCGGCAGCGACGAUUCUGAUGGCCGUUGCGGCAGCGACGGGUAGAGCUUUCUUGCCUCCGUCGCAUGCUGUCUUGCAUCAAGCUGGGCAGACGUUCACUCGACCUAUCUGGUCUGUCUUCAGACUCGACUAUCUACAGCGUGAAAACAGGAUCGACUUGCUCGAGCCGAACUAUGUCAUUCAUGCUGCCCACCAUCUCGCAAAGGAAGGCGACUUGGACACGAUCGCUGAGCUCAGCGAUGUAUUGGAGAUCAACAUCCGACAGCUCUGGAGUCUCGAAGACUUGAUCGAACUCAUCCAGUCGGCGGACAUCAGUCGACACAAGAUCAUCAAGCUGACGAAUUGGGGCUGGACGUUCGCUCACAUGCAAUGGCCGUUACCCCAAAGGAUAGCAGAUCAGCAUCUCAAAAUUUGUGCCUUCAUCGAAGAGCCACAGUAUUGCGCUCACCAGUGCCGAAUGCCUUAGAUUCGCCCCUUGUAGGCCAUCGCACAGUCAGACGAUAGAUCUGCGCCAAUAGAACGCAUGUCAACAUGUUGUGACAUCCCAGCAGCAGUGUUGUAGGUCCAGAAAAAGUGUCAUGUAAGCCAUGCAUUGUCCGAC